UCCUUUUCUCUUCUGCUUUUUCUAGAUCCCCAGAGGUGGGGGAAGAGAAGGUGGUCUUUCUCAGUUCCCUGCUCCUCAGCAUAGCUUCCCACUAGGACUUCCCUUUCAUUUCUGGUGCCCCUGCCCUUGUGCCCCUUCUGGGGGUAUAGACCAGAGCUCUCUCUUUGCUUUCCCCUCCAACACACUCACUGGCCACCCUCCUUUCGCUUCCAUCCUGUACACACAGACAGGUGAACCCAUUUCCUUCUGACAUCACAAGUCCUUGUAAAAAAAAGGCUGCAUAAGGAGCAGGGAGCUAGGUGAUUCUGCAGAAUACCUUCCAGCCCCAUCAUGGAAGAGGGUUUCCGUGACCGGGCAGCCUUCAUCCGGGGAGCCAAGGACAUUGCCAAGGAAGUGAAGAAGCAUGCAGCCAAGAAGGUGGUGAAGGGGCUAGACCGGGUCCAGGACGAAUAUUCCCGCAGAUCCUACUCCCGCUUCGAGGAAGAGGAUGAUGAGGACGAUUUCCCUGCCCCAGCUGACAGCUAUUAUCGUGGGGAAGGGGCCCAGGAUGAGGAGGAAGGGGGCGCGUCCAGUGAUGCCACAGAGGGCCACGAUGAGGACGACGAGAUCUACGAGGGCGAAUAUCAGGGUAUCCCCCGUGCAGAGUCUGGGGGCAAAAGCGAGCGAAUGACAGAUGGAGCAGCUCUGGCUGGAGUGAGGGGGGGAAUAGGCGAUGGGGAGGCCCCCUCUGGAGGCCGGGGGGAAGCACAGCGGAGGAAGGAACGAGAAGAACUGGCCCAGCAGUAUGAAACCAUCCUGCGGGAAUGUGGCCAUGGCCGCUUCCAGUGGACUCUCUACUUCGUGCUGGGGCUGGCGCUCAUGGCUGAUGGUGUGGAGGUCUUUGUGGUGGGGUUUGUGCUUCCAAGCGCUGAGAAGGACAUGUGUCUGUCCGACUCCAACAAAGGCAUGCUAGGCCUUAUCGUCUACCUGGGCAUGAUGGUGGGUGCCUUCUUCUGGGGCGGCCUGGCUGACCGGCUGGGCCGGAGACAAUGUUUGCUCAUCUCGCUCUCUGUCAACAGUGUCUUCGCCUUUUUCUCAUCUUUUGUCCAGGGUUAUGGCACUUUCCUUUUUUGCCGCCUCCUUUCUGGGGUUGGGAUCGGAGGCUCCAUCCCCAUUGUCUUCUCCUAUUUUUCCGAGUUUCUGGCCCAGGAGAAACGUGGGGAGCACUUGAGCUGGCUGUGCAUGUUCUGGAUGAUUGGUGGGGUAUACGCAGCUGCUAUGGCCUGGGCCAUCAUCCCCCACUAUGGCUGGAGUUUUCAGAUGGGGUCCGCUUACCAGUUCCACAGCUGGAGGGUCUUUGUCCUCGUCUGCGCCUUCCCCUCUGUCUUUGCCAUCGGGGCUCUGACCACACAGCCUGAGAGUCCCCGCUUCUUCCUGGAGAAUGGGAAGCAUGAUGAGGCCUGGAUGGUGCUGAAGCAGGUGCAUGAUACCAACAUGCGCGCCAAGGGGCACCCAGAGCGCGUCUUCUCGGUGACCCAAAUUAAGACGAUUCACCAGGAGGAUGAGUUGAUUGAGAUCCAGUCUGAUACAGGGACCUGGUACCAGCGCUGGGGGGUCCGGGCAUUGAGCCUGGGGGGACAGGUCUGGGGAAAUUUCCUUUCCUGCUUUGGACCUGAAUAUCGGCGCAUCACACUGAUGAUGAUGGGCGUAUGGUUUACCAUGUCCUUCAGCUACUACGGCCUGACUGUCUGGUUCCCCGACAUGAUCCGCCACCUCCAGGCUGUGGACUAUGCAGCUCGCACCAAAGUGUUCCCUGGAGAGCGUGUGGAGCACGUGACCUUCAACUUCACUCUAGAGAAUCAGAUUCACCGUGGGGGCCAAUACUUCAAUGACAAGUUCAUUGGACUGCGUCUAAAAUCUGUCAUCUUUGAGGACUCGUUCUUUGAAGAGUGCUAUUUUGAGGAUGUCACAUCCACCAACACGUUUUUUCGAAACUGUACAUUUGUCAACACAGUGUUUUACAACACUGAUCUGUUUGAGUACAAAUUUGUGAAGAGUCGCCUGGUAAACAGCACGUUUCUGCACAACAAGGAAGGGUGUCAGCUCGAUGUGACGGGGACAGGAGAAGGUGCCUACAUGGUCUACUUCGUCAGCUUCUUGGGGACAUUGGCUGUACUUCCGGGGAAUAUUGUGUCUGCUCUGCUCAUGGACAAGAUUGGGAGGCUCCGAAUGCUUGCUGGCUCCAGUGUCAUGUCCUGUGUCUCUUGCUUCUUCCUGUCUUUUGGGAACAGCGAGUCAGCCAUGAUUGCUUUGCUCUGCCUCUUCGGUGGGGUCAGCAUUGCCUCCUGGAACGCGCUGGACGUGUUGACUGUUGAACUCUACCCCUCGGACAAGAGAACCACCGCCUUUGGCUUUCUGAACGCCCUGUGCAAGCUGGCAGCAGUGCUGGGGAUCAGCAUCUUCACCUCUUUCGUGGGAAUCACCAAGGCUGCCCCCAUACUAUUUGCCUCAGCUGCCCUGGCCCUUGGGAGUUCUCUGGCCUUGAAGCUGCCAGAGACCCGGGGGCUGGUGCUGCAAUGAGGGGGCCCCUGGGGCUUCAGGGCGGCAGGCACACUGUGAGAUCAACAGUUCCCUCUCCUGCUCCCUGCCCUGCUCCCCAGCCCCUCAGCCCUCCAUGUUGGUGUCUGAGCCAUGUGAUUAUGUGUGUGUGCUUGUGUAUGGCCCCAUGGGCUGGGACUAAAGGAAGGUGCCAUGGUCCCAGGGCUGGGGUGCAGCUCUUUGGCCCUCUCCUACUACCUUUGACUUCAUAAGAGAAGGCUUGGCCUGGCCCUUCUUCCCAGUGUUAGCCAGAGACCCUCUCUUCCUGGCUCCAGAGCAGGUUUCAUGCCCUCCCAGGCCUUCCCUCUGCCUGGACCCCUCAGAGCACUCAUGCCCUGGGGGGUGGGCAGGGGCUUGUCAUAGACUCGUGUACACCCCAUAGACCAUGAACUUGGGAGUCAGGUGGGAGCCCUCACCCUUCAGCUGGACUCUGGGAGCGUAGCAAUAGCACUCUGUUCCUGGGCUCCACUUUUCUUCUGGGCUGCACUUUCUGGAACAAGUUUUCAGAUUGAUUUCUAGUUCCUUCGGAGGCAGCCCAACAGGACUGUGUGAAUGCGUGUAGACGUGCCAUGGGCAGGGGUACCCCUAGACUAUCCUCAGAUACAGCCAAGGGUACUUUUAAGGGACAUGUGCAUCCCUGUCUCCCAUGGUUACCCUUUAGCUUGUUUCAGUGUUAGACCUGGGAGGAGUCCAGGGCCCACGGUGAUGAGGCCAGAGUAAUGCCUGGAUGGGGCCUUACCCCUGGCUGUGCCAGGCCCAACCCAACCUGGAGCUCAACUGGGACCCCAGAGGGAGAGUUCCAGGGCAAACCAGUGGGUCAAAAGCACAAGGAGGAGCUGCAGCCUGGAAGCUCCUCCAGAGAGGCCAUGUUUCAGCAGUCAGACAGGGACCCCUGUGCAGAGGACCAAGCCUUUUUCCCAUCUCAUUUCCACACCUCUGGCCCUGUAGGCUAAGCUGCUCCUGCCCCGCCUGCCUCCCUGUGGUCACUUCUCUGGUGCCCCCUCCCACUAUAGCUGUGAUGUGUUGUAGUUUUUAGCUGUUUGUAAAAAUGUUUAAAAAAAAGUUAAAAGGAUAAAAGUACAAACAACCACACAAAACAAGAAAAUCCAAAUUCACUUUCCUCUUGCUGUGUCUGGCACCCCCAGCUCAUGGCCACACCUGUUUUGUGGCCCCAGGUGGUAACUGUCUGUUGUCUGUGCCCAGGACUGCCAUGUUCCCUCCCUGCUGGACUCAGCAUCUUCCUGUAGCCCCCGGAGGGAUUCUCCAUCUUUCUGCUCUCCUGGGGACCCUAAAUACAACAUGUCAAUGUGAAAAAUGAAAACUAAUCAUGAAAAAUAAAAAGGAAAUAUCUUUCCAAUCCAGAA